GAAGUCUUAUUUCUGGUAGUUUUUGCUGGAAAGAAAAUAUACUAUAUAUUCCACAUGAAAGCAAGCCAAACUUUAAUAAAGAGCUUUUCAUCCGGGGAGUUGAGAUUGUAAAACAAAGGAAGUCAAGCCUUUUCCGCAAAGUAGGAAGGCAUAUUAUGAAUGAAUCUAUGAAGGUGGAUAAUUCACGUACCUUACAUCAAAUCAUAGAGGAUGUUCUUAAGGAAACUGUAAAGGAUAUUUCUCGGACAGAUCUUAAUGAAAUAAUUGAAACUGCUGUGUAG